ACAUGGAUGUGUUGCCUAUUCAUCCGGGACCCUACAGCGAUGCGCUACUCUCGUUACAGGGCGAUCAUAGGUCCGCCCAUAUAUAGGAGGGUAAGUUACUAACCGAUACUCUCCGCGCCAGGAGAGUGGACGACAUGUGGGACUUUCUGCAUGACAGAGUUCUCCAUGAUCGGGUAGUCGCGCCUGCGGGACACGGGUUUCUACAGGAUGAUUGAGAUUGGGCGGCUGCAGCUCGAUUGGGCUUUGCUCACGGCCUUGAUAGAGCGGUGGUGACCAGAGACGCAUACAUUCCACCUGCCCAUUAGCGAGGCCACCAUCACACUGCAGGACGUGGAGGUGUUAUACGGGUUUCCCUUAGAUGGACUGCCCGUUUCUCUGCCGGAGGGCAUGAGAGAGAUGACACAUGUGCAGUACCUGGACUUGCUGUAGCGGCUCACAAGUUUCCGGUCAGAAUAUGAGACUGUGUUGCAUGGGACCAGUCGUUUUCCGUUGACAACUAUUCGACUAUGGUGGGAGGCAUUGCAUCCUCAGAUCGAUGGCGCUACACUAGAUGAUCAUGUUGACAGGCAUACGAGGUUGCUGCUACUCCUGUUGUUUGGAGGGGUCUUGUUCCUGAACACUUCGGGGAACCUAGUCAGCUUGAGAUUUCUUCAUCAUCUUGAGCGGCUAGAUGAUUUACCCCAGUACAGCUGGGGAUCUACUGUUCUCGCCUACUUAUACAGAUGCAUGUGCCGGGCGAGCAUGGGUACCCAGCAUGAGGUUGUUGGAUUCUUGCCGCUACUACAGGUUUGGUCCUGGGAGCGGUUCUUGCAGUUGCAACCACCUCUACCACCAUUAGAUCCGGAGUUGCUCCCUCUAGCUAGGAGGUGGGUACGCCAGCGACGACAUACGCGCGAGUACGAGGCUCGACAUAAUCUCUCCUUGUGCAGGGAUAUAUUGGAUUUGUUGGAUGGCGCACAGUUCAUCUGGACGCCAUACAGCGACGCGCUGAUAGCUUGCUUGCCCGAUUGUUGCUCAGUUGGCUGUGAUAUUUGGGCCUCUUCCGUCCCGUUAUCCUGCCUUAAUAUUGUGGAGCAUCAUGCCACCAAGCGGGUACUUCGCCAAUUUGGCAAGCUGCAGCUCGUACCGACAGCGCCCACCUGGGAGGCCAUAUAUUACUAGCGGGAUGAUUGUCACGGGGUGGACGACGCAUAUUUGGCAUGGCUACAGGAUCAGAUAUUUACUUGGGACCAGCGAUUAGAGCUGAUUCCGCCCCCUUCCACAAACUCUGGAGGAUGCUGAGCAUGAGUAUCUGCCCUGGUACCGCAACUUUACCCAACGUUUCAUCGGGAACCCCAUUCACCGAGCUGGCAGUCAGUACGUUCCAUACGUCGAGAGGCACGGGGAACUGAUAUGUUAUUUGGUAUUCUUACUUAUAAUUGUGAUAUAGCAUUCUAUAAUUUAUAUUUUUACAUGUUAUGCAGGAUAUUAGUCUACAUUUAGUCCACCAGUUGGGACUGCAGAUGCAACAGCAUGUCAGCGAUCCUGCGAUCGCUUUGCAGGAGUAUAGCCGGCAGUUUACGGAGCUGGCUGCCCGGACACUACAUCGAGCUAGAGAGAAAGAGCGCUUAGAGAACGCCCCUGCUUAUAUUGUGCCAGAGAACUACCAUAGGGUAGGCCCGUAGCAAGACAGAGGGGACGAGGCAGGGGUGCCCCACGGGGUCGUGGGGACCGGCGAGGAGGAGGUCCCCUGUCACGCCCCAAACUUGGGGAGGCUUAGUUGGCACCCGAUGUCGAGCUGGCCCGAGCGAACCACUCUGUAACUCAUAAUUAUUCGAUCAAAAGUAGAAGAUACCUAGUUCAAAUUAGCUGAACUCAUUCUUUUUGUAACUAUCAUGGGCCAACAUGACUAACAACUCAUAAUAUACAACUGUAAGUGGGCAACACUGUAUCAAUAAAACUAUCGUUCUUAAGACAUGAA